GAUGGAUCCGAUUCGUGGACCUGGUUCCUACACAGAGAGGGCACGCCUUGCAGCAUCGAUUCAUGCCAUCUGGCUAAAGCGGAUUUAUGCUGUGAGCUAGAUCGUCCAGCCCACUGAAGGUCUGCUUACCCUCUUCGAUUCAAAGUGUAACCGAUUCGGCCGCUGGAAUCGGGACGAGGAUCCCCCCUCAAAAGGAAAAGACCUCGCUGAAACAGCCACUUCGAUCCCCCGAGCGCCGAGGGAGACCUGUUCUUCCUCCGCAUUCCUGCAUUGAGCUCGCUACAAAGGUUCUACGGUGCAUCCUCACCCGCCUUUUACGCACUCUUUCAAUGUCUCCCUGGCCGACUCCAGCGUCAUUGACCGACAACUCUAUCGGCAGCAGUAGCAUCAUCAGCACCAUGGCGCUUCUAUCCAAGCUCGCCUCAUACGGCGCGGGCCUGUCCUUCCUGCUCUUGGCUCUGCUGUCGCCGCGCUCGCGCAAAGCCCGCUACUAUCUAAACACUCUCCUCUACUUUGGAUCGAUGGGCAUCAGCUCCGUCGUCGGCAUCCUCAUCUCCGUCGUUGUCUCGCUCAUCCCGGGCCAGCGCUUCAACAUCCAGUACUUCGUCGCGCGCACCAUGUAUCUCCUCGCAGGCAACUCUCUGGGCAUCCGCUUCCACAUCGAGGGGUAUGAAAACUUUGCAAAGAACCGACCCGCUGUGCUCGUCGGGAAUCACCAGAGCAGCAUGGACAUCCUCUACCUCGGUGCCGUCUUCCCCAAGCAGACCAGCAUCAUGGCCAAAAAGGAGCUGCGCUGGGCGCCGCUUUUGGGCCAGUGGAUGUGGCUCGCCGGUGCCGUCUUUGUGGACCGCGCAAGCAAAAAGGAUGCAUUCAAGACGUUCGACUACGUAGGCGAGCGCAUGCGCAAGGACAAGCUCUCCCUCUGGAUCUUCCCCGAAGGCACGCGAUCGAAGUUGCCAGUCCCUGAUCUCUUACCUUUCAAGAUGGGCGCCUUCCACCUGGCGCUCCAGGCGAAAGUGCCGAUCGUCCCCGUCGUCUGCGAAAACUACUACCGAUUCCAUGAUGGCAAGACGCGCUUCGAGAGCGCUACUAUUCGCAUCAAAGUCCUACCUCCUGUCGACGUCUCCAAGUACAACAAAGAGAUGGUGCACGACCUGGCGGAUCAUGUGCGGGAGCUGAUGAAGAAGGAGUUGCAGGCGAUGGACGCCGACGCGGACCAGUACGACACCGAGUCGGUCGUCGCAGCGCAGCCGGGCUCAUCGCUGACGACUGCAUCGAACGCUGUGUCGGCCGUAGCGCCCCGCGGCGCUGGCCUCGGCGGUGUCGCGCGCCUCGCAUCGUUCUUCGUCGGUGUGGGCCGCGGGCAUGACGCUAGCAAGGAUGUCGCGCGCGCCCAGAAGCAGCUUGAAAAGAGGGGCCUUCCCGGUGCCGCAGGCGGCACUGGCCUGCCGAGCGAUUUUGGGCUUGUCAGCGAGGAGGCAAAGAGCAAGGAGGCGCAGGGGCAGGCACAAGGGCUAACGCAGCGCAUGGCGCGGAGAAGCGGCAGUAAUAGCGGCAGCUCGGAAGAAGGCCCAGAUGAAGAUGCUAUCAUUGUUAAGCGGCCCGCGGAGGCGUCAACCUAGCAGCCCAUAACGACCCCCCUCCCUUUCUUCUCGUCUUAUCCAUCGCAUAUCGAAAAAGAAAAGAACGCUUUCGACUCUUCCAAGGCACUCGCCUUGUUGAUGUAUUUUAUCACAGGGCACAUUUGUGCGAUGCUAUCG